UGCGAUGCGUGACCACUCAGCGUCGCUUGCUCGCUGCCCUUUCGAUUGUACUUCUAGAACUGGCUGCUGGAGAUCCAAGAGCCCAGAUUGUCAAUAGGACAUGCUCGCACGUGCCCGGGCACAACACCACUGUCUUCGUACCCAACUUUGUGGCUACCAUGGAGAACAUCAGCAACCAGAUGAGGACAUCUGGCUUCGGCCUUGCAACGAUCGGGUCAGGGCCUGACGCUAGCUACGCCCUCUCUCAGUGCUAUGGAGACCUCUCCUUGCUCGACUGUGUCCUGUGCUACGCGGAAGCACGUUCCGCUCUUCCACAGUGCUACCCUUACAACAGCGGCCGCAUAUUCCUGGAUGGAUGCUUCAUGAGAGGAGAGAACUAUAGCUUCUUUCAAGAGUACACAGGUCCUCAGGAUGCCAGAGUGUGCGGGAAUGUCACACGGAAGAGCGCCACCUUUUAUGAUUCAGUGAGACAGGCCGUGGCAAAGGCUGUGGUGAGGGCGCCAAACAACGAUGGCUAUGCGCGUGCCGAAGUGGUGCUGGGGACAGCCAAUGAAUCGGCUUACUUGCUGGCCAAUUGCUGGAGGACAUUGAACGCCACUUCUUGCAGGGCAUGCUUGGAGAAUGCGUCAAGGUCGAUAUUGGGGUGCUUGCCCCGGUCGGAGGGGAGGGCAUUAAACACGGGUUGCUUCAUGAGGUACUCCGACACAAAUUUCCUCAAUAAGGAACCAGGAAAGGGGAGUAAGAAAGGAACCAUAAUAGCGCUGACAGUUCCGGUUGUGAGUGCCCUGGUUGUCUUGGCAGUUGGAAUAACAAUAGUGUACUUUGUCUGGAAGCACAAAUACGUUCAAAAGAAAAGAAAAGGCUCUGAUGAUGCAGAGAAGUUUGUCAAGAUACUUCACGACAGUAGCUUGAACUUCAAAUACUCUACCCUCGAGAAGGCCACCGAAUCAUUUGACAGCGCCAACAAGCUCGGCCAAGGAGGAUUUGGCACUGUCUAUAAGGGAGUUCUUCCUGACGGAAGGGAGAUAGCUGUGAAAAGGCUCUUCUUCAACACUAGGCAAAGAGUGGCUGAAUUCUACAAUGAAGUGAACAUUAUAAGCAGGGUGGAGCACAAAAAUCUGGUCAGAUUGUUGGGAUGUAGUUUUUCUGGACCUGACAGCCUUCUUGUCUAUGAGUUCCUCCCCAACAAGAGUCUUGACAAUUUCAUUUUCGAUACAAACAGAGGAAAGGCAUUAAGUUGGGAAAAGAGAGUGGAUAUUAUGGUUGGGACUGCAGAGGGUUUGGUAUACCUUCACGAAAGCUCCAAGAUAAUUCACAGGGACAUAAAAGCGAGUAAUAUCUUGUUGGACUCCAGAUUCCGUGCUAAAAUAGCCGACUUUGGAUUGGCCAGAUCUUUCCAGGAAGAUAAGAGUCACAUCAGCACAGCCAUUGCGGGAACACUGGGAUAUAUGGCUCCAGAGUACCUGGCACGUGGUCAGCUUACAGAAAAAGCAGAUGUCUACAGCUAUGGCGUUCUCUUGCUAGAGAAUGUCACAGGAAUACAGAACAACAGAAGCAAAACCUCAGAAUACUCGGACAGCCUCGUUCAAAUUGCAUGGAACCAUUUCCAAGCAAACAGAGUGGAGGAGCUUUUCGACCCGAACUUGAUGUUACAUAACUACCCCGACAGCAACAUCAAGAAUGAGGUCUCAAGAGUCGUCCAUAUAGGACUGUUGUGCAUGCAAGAGGCUCCUUCUUUGCGGCCAAAGAUGUCUAAAGCAUUGGAGAUGCUAACAAAGAAGGAUGAAGAACUCCCACCAACCACGAAUCCCCCUUUCAUAGAUGAAAGGACAAUGACGCUCAACGACAUGUGUAAGGAGCAAUCUUUUCCACCAACCCCAAAGACAUUGGACUCGGUCGCCACCAUAUCAAACAGUUCCUUCGAGGCUAGGUGAACCGUGGAUAUCUAUUAGUGGGCAGUAUUUCACCUGACUAAUAAAGACAUGCGAGAGAAGAUUUUAGUAGAUGUUGAUGUAUCCCAACAGAACCAACUGCGGGGACUAUGGGCGGGUCAACAAUGGGCACGCACUGUUGUGGUCGUGAAUCGAAAUGGAUCGAAUCUCU